CGGCAGCGUUUCCCUUCCCCCGCGCGGAAGAUGGCGGCGCCCAGCCCGCUCCUGGCCUGGUGCGUCCAGCACCUGCGCGGAGACUUCGGGCUGGACGUGGGCGAGGAGGUCGUGAGGUACAUCUUGUCAAUAACAAAUGAGGACGAGAUCCGGGAGUAUGUCAUUGAUCUCAUUCAGGGGACCGACGGGAAGAAGAGUCGGUUUGUAGAAGAACUGCUGGCCAGGUGGCGGAAAUCCUCCCAGGUGCCGUCCGAGCCUUUGCCAGCAUAUCAGAAAAAGGAUGAGACUUCAGAAGCGCCUCGGGCUGGAGACCAAGCGAAAAAGGGGAAACGCAAAGGAAGGAACAAGCAGGAGACGCCUGCGUACGCUGAGCCAAGCGCACUCGUAGAGGAAGUAAAAACCCCCCUCGACCUGGCCAAGGCACAGGAGAACAGCAGUGGAGUCAGCAACAGUAGCAAUUCCUCCAAGAAGAAGCCCAAAUAUGUCAGCCUGUAUACCAAGGAGGGUCAAGACAAGCUGGCUGUCCUGAUCCCCGGGCGUCACGCCUGCGAGUGUCUGGGCCAGAAGCACAAGCUUAUCAACAAUUGCUUGGUUUGCGGGCGCAUCGUCUGCGAGCAGGAGGGCUCUGGACCCUGCUUGUUCUGCGGUGUUCUGGUGUGCACUAAAGAAGAGCAAGACAUUCUUCAACGGGACUCAAACAAGAGCCAGAAGCUGCUGAAGAAGCUCAUGGCAGGUGCUGAAGGUUCAGGGAAUUUGGAUGCUGUGAGCAAAGAUUUACUGCCUCGACAAGAAGCUAGACUCAAAGCGGGCCUGGAGAUGGCUGUGAAACACAAAGACAAGUUGUUGGAAUUUGACAGGACAAGUGUGCGUCGAACCCAGGUCAUUGACGAUGAAUCAGAUUACUUUGCCACGGACUCCAACCAGUGGCUCUCCAAGCAGGAAAGGGAGGCUCUCCAGAAGAGAGAGCAGGAACUGCGGGAGCUGCGUCACGCCUCUCGGCUUGCCAAAAAAAUCACCAUCGACUUCGCUGGCAGGCAGAUCCUGGAGGAAGACGACAGCAUGGCUGAGUACCACAGCAAACUGGAUGAAACCAUCGAAGCCAUUAAUUGUGGCACACUGGGCAAGCCAGCUGGGAGCCCAGAAGCAAAGACAACUCCAAGUUCUGGUGUUUUAGUGAAUCCCCGUCUUCUUCAGCCUGCUCCUUUGUGGGUGGACCAAACUGGUUUGCUCCCGCACAGGAAAGCCAUCCAUUCCAUGGACGCUGGAAAUGAGUCUGGCUCGGAGCGGAACAGGUUACGGAUUCAGGAUCGAGAGUUGCAGGAGAUCUCAGAUGAUGGGUGGUGCCUCAGCAUGCACCAGCCUUGGGCUUCCUUGCUCGUGAGAGGAAUCAAAAGGGUGGAGGGCAGGACCUGGUACACAUCUCAUAGAGGGCGGUUAUGGAUUGCAGCUACUGCUAAAAGACCUUCCCCUCAGGAAAUCUCUGAACUGGAGACCACCUACAGAACGCUGCUCUGGAAAGAUGUGGAAUUUCCAAGCGAUUAUCCCUCCGGCUGCCUCCUGGGCUGUGUGGACGUGACCGAUUGUUUAUCGCAAGAGCAAUUUAAUGAGCAGUAUCCGGAUCUGAGCCAGGAGUCCGAGUCUCCAUUUGUCUUUAUCUGCACUAAUCCCCAGGAGAUGGUUGUGAAGUUUCCCAUCAAAGGAAAACACAAAAUCUGGAAGCUGGAUGCAAAGAUCCAUCAGGGAGCAAAGAAGGGGUUAAUGAAGCAGAAAGCGAUGGGGUGAGCCGCAGGGGAGCAGCGCCGCGUUCCCACGCAGCACCCGACUGCCACCGAAGGGUGCCAGGAUGGUCCUCGACUCUGGAAAGCAGGUGCAAGACAGAUCCCAGAGCGCUUUUAGGUAUUGCUUUAUCUGUUGUAUUCCAAAAGCAUUAAAAAAAAGACAUGUUUUCACUGA